AUGGACGUGAACGCCUCAGACUGGGGCCACAACGGGGAUGCUGAAUUCCAGUCCAUCUCUGCUUUCCCCAGCAAGCUCGCCGUGCUAUUCCUUGGAUUGUUGGCUCCAUUGGCCAUCAUCAUCAUUGUCCAGGGACGCUGGAAACUCCCACCACCGUGGCCAACCGAUGUCCCCUCUCUAGGCGAUAAGGACGGCUUUGCCUCGUGGAUCUGGAAAUGCUACCGGCGGUGGCCAUUGCUCUCGCGGAAUUUACAAGAAGGAUACGACAAAUUCAAUCGUUACGAUCAACCGUUUCUUCUCCCGAGUUUCUCCUUACGGCCUCAGGUUAUCCUGCCAGCCAAGGAUCUGGACUGGCUCAUCCGACUACCCGAUACAGUCGCUUCGUCACCCGAAAUCCAAAACGAGAACAUAGGACUGGCGCACGUUUCUCCUCUCACGCGCCCGCUCCCCGGUGAGAAGAUCGUCAUGACUGCGAUCCACACCCACCUCAAUCGCCACACGAGCCGCAUCCAAGCGGACAUGUACGACGAGCUGAGGGUGAGCAUCGACCGCGAGUUCGGCACCGACUGUUCACAAUGGCGGGAAGUGCCGAUCUUCAAAGCAAUGGACAGUGUGGCCCAGCGCGUUGGCGCUCGGGUGACCUUUGGUCUGCCGAUGUGUCGCGACGAACAGUGGCUCGCUUCGGCGAAACGAAUGGUGAGCUGUUUCGGUGCGGCGAUUAUCAGUGCGCAGUUGAUGCCCUGGUUCAUUCAGCCAAUCGUUAGUCCCUUUAUGAGAUUGGUUUGCGACACGGUCCGGAUGCGGUGCUUUAACUCUAUCAGACCGAUCUUUGAGACCUGGUAUGAUAGGAUCCUGCAAGAGCAAAGAGACGGCGGAGCUUGUGAUCAAAGUGUGCCAUACAACUUCGCGACAUCGGUGAUGCGGACUUCUUUGAAGGCCAGUGAUGAAAAGCGCGCGAGUGUGUCCAUGAUGUUUACGACGCUUUUGGUUACGGCUCUUCUUCCAUUCAAUGGUAUUGCGCUCGCCUUCACGGCCGCAUUGCUCGACAUCGCCAGCUCAGCCCCAGAGGAGGAGGUCCUUAAAACCCUCCGAGAGGAAGCCAUCCAGCAUGUACAGUCCGACGAAGACUGGAACAACCUAGCCUCGUUCUCCAACAUGCCGUAUACCGAAAGCGCAGUGAAGGAGUCCCUGCGCCUAAGCCCGUCACAAGCAAGAGUCUUGAACAAAGAAGUCAUGCAGGAAUCCGGACUGACGUUGCCCAGCGGACAACACCUGCCGAAGGGGACCUGGCUGGGAGCCGCAAGCAUGGGAACCCACCUCGAUGACCGAUUCUACCUCGACGCCAAGACAUACAAACCCUUUCGAUUUGUCAAGCAGGGGUCGGAACUCAGCCGCUGUGAUGUCGCGGCCACGGGGGGAGACGAAGGAGGCGCGGGUUCGGCGAGGCUAGAGGCUCAGGAUCGAUUUGAUUCUCGAGUGCCGUUUCUCUCGUUCGGCGCGGGCCGACACCGCUGCUCGGGACAAGCGUUUGUGCUGCAUUUAAACAAGCUCCUCGUGUCGUAUAUUACGACGCACUAUGAAAUCGAGUCAUUGGAUGCUAGGCCAGCGAACUGGGAAAUUGGAGACUCUAUAAUUCCGCCUCAGAGUGCGACCAUCAGGGUCCGUCGUGUUGCUGGAAAAUGA